CUUCUUCCUCUUUGAUUUCUUCCUUUAAACCAGUCAUUUCACAUUGCAGAAAAUAUAAUUCAGUUAUAAUCCAUUUAUCGACAAUUUAGUGGAUAAGAUGGAGUUAUAAUUGUUAAUUGUCUACAGCCGAAAUCAGCAUUUUACAUGAAUUUUGGAUGGAUCAAAUGUCAUAUGGAUCGGACGGGGGUAGCAGACGACAUGUCACAUGUGUUCAGGGUCAUACGACCGUCAUGAACUCUUUUGGAAGAGUUCAAAACUAAAAAAAAGUCAAACGUUGAGAAGGUUGACAACAAACACCGCAUUUUGCAUCGCAAAUGGCCAAUAAGUUAUUAAUUAUAACUUUAAUUAGUCUUUCCCUUUAAUACCCUUGAAAUUUGACUCGAAAGCAUUAAUUUCAGAAAUGGAUUCAUAUAUUAUGCAGCUUCGGCGAGUCUGGCUUAAUCAGGACGGUGAUCUUCUAGCGGAUUUGUUGUCUUUGCGACACAGUCACAUUAGUAUUCCCCAACUCACUUCCGAAGCAGCAAUGACGAGAGCAAUGGAACACUUGUCAUCACCAUUCGACGAUUUGGUCCUCUAUCACCUCAAAGCAUUGUCUUCUGCAACUAAAGACGAUCCACUGACGACCUACAAUUAUCAAAGUUCCGCAGUACAAUCCCUGACAAAGAUUCUUCAAUUACAAAAGGAAGAAAAUUGGAUGCUGCCUGUUAUGAAUGUAAUGUGUCUAGAAUUAAGAUUACUCGCAGUUAGAGCCGAAAAUGCCAAGAGCAAUAAAUCCCUGAAACCUGGGGAAGUUCUCGAAAAAUGUGCAGAAUGUUUAAUGGGCUGUUUCCGAGUUUGUGCUGCGGACAAUCGAAGUUCAGAGGAUGAUACGAAACGAUGGGGAAUGUUGGCACUUGUGAACCAACUCCUAAAAGUUUAUUUUAGAAUCAACAAAUUACACCUGUGUAGGCCUUUAAUUAGGGCGAUAGAAUCUUCAGCUUACAAGGAUCAUUUCGCCUUGGCCCAGCAAGUCACUUACAAAUUUUUCAUUGGCCGAACUGCGAUGUUUGACAGCGAUUACAAAACUGCUGACGAACAUUUAACCUUUGCCUUUGAACACUGUCACAAGCAGUCAAUUAAGAACAAAAGAUUGAUCCUAACUUAUCUCGUACCAGUAAAAAUGUUGCUUGGCCACAUGCCAAAAAAGUAUGCCCUCGAAAAGUAUAAUUUAAUGCAAUUCUGGGAACUGAUGGAGGCAGUAAAAAAGGGAGAUUUGCGUAGUUUGGAGGACGUUAUGAACAAACACGAGACGUUUUUCAUCGGAGCUGGCAUUUAUUUAAUAGUAGAGAAGCUGAAGACCAUCGCUUAUAGAAAUCUCUUUAAAAAAGUUUAUCUGGUAUUGAAGACUCAUCAAAUACCAAUCGCGAGUCUUCUCACUGCUCUCGAAAUGCAUGGAGUUGAAGAUAUCGAUAUGGACGAAACUGAGUGUCUCGUAGCGAAUUUAAUUAACGAGAAAAAAAUCAAAGGCUACAUCUCUCAUCAGCACAAGAAGCUUGUUAUUUCGAAACAACUUCCUUUCCCACAGUUAUCUUCCAUUUCCUAAUCUGGAGAAAUAAUCCAUGUAGAGGAAAAGAUUUGCUUUUUGUCUGGAAUGUGGAAGAUUCGUAUCUUGAUUUAGAGUCAAUGCGUUUAUCUAAAGAUAAGGUCUUUGAUUUUAUGAUCGACGAGAAAACGAUCAAUUCUGUCGAUUAGGAAAAUAUGUAUUUCAACUUCAAUUUAGGUUUGUUUCUAAGCCUCUGGAUUUAGUUUUGAAAAGUGCAUUUCUUUUCUCUGUUAAACAAAAGCAUUGAUUCAUAAGAGAGAGAGAGAGAGAGAGAGAGAGAGAGAGAGAGAGAGAG